AUGGAAUCAAUUAUUCAGAAGUACUUUUUCUCAGAUAACGAAAAUGUAGACGAAGAGAACAUUCUAGAACGCCGUAUUUCGCCUUACGUGACCCUGCGACCCGGAGACCUCGCAUCUCUGCUGAAAUCCGCCCUACCUUUCUCUCACAAGCCGGCUCGUAACCAUGGCAGUAGCUACCGUAAGAUUGAUACCAUCUUCGAGAAGUGCCCUUUGGGACUCUCUACUGGAGACAGCGAUGACGAGAAGAACGAGAACAAUGAAAUCAUUUGCCGAGGCGCCGACCAAGGGCACGUUCCAGUCGAGUACCGGGUGAAAGGUCUCAAACGGCACGAGAUGCCGGUAAUUGGUUUCUUUGUUGAUAGAAGGAUCUGCCCUGGUUUCCAGUACCAGGUUCGUAAAAUCGAUUCCAAGAGCUCCCUGUGGGGAGGUAAAGCCAGGACAUUGCAGUCCAUCGGCAUGGGCUAUGGUCGUCGUCUGACCUUCAACAGUGACUUGUUAAACAGCAACGAAUUCUAUUUCUGGUCAGAUAGUGAACCAAAUGGCUUCGCAUUCAGCAUUCAGGCUGUGGAAGUUGGUCAGAAAUUCAUCAUCCAGGACUCGAUGGAUAGCGAGAUUGGUGAGGUGACCAUCAAGAAGCUCUGUGGACCUCAAGAAGAAGUAUCCAUGGAUGCUGGGGAAAAUGGUGUCAUCAAGAGGGUGCACGUGACCAUAAUGUGCGGUGUUACCUACUAUCAGCGACACAAUCAUGGUCUUAAAGAUCUGGUCUCCAGCAAAAAUGAAGAGGUCAUGACAGGGGAAGCAGUUCUGUCCAAACCUAGAUCAGUUCGGGAAGCAAAGCUUGCAAGCAUUGACCGGAUCUAUCUUUCUCGUGUUGGCCACUGUAAACUGAUUCCUGAUUUUUAA